AUGUUAUUGAUGAAGGAAAACGAGUUAGAAAGCAACAAAUGGCUUCAAGGGUUGUUUGAUAUUCGUGAAUCAUGGGUACCCGUUUAUAAUCGUGGUACAUUCUUUGCCGGUAUGAAUACUACCGAACGUAGUGAGGGUAUCAACUCAUUUUUUGAUGGUUUUGUAACUCACACGUCAAAUCUCAAAGAAUUUGUGGUGAUGUAUGAGAAAGCCUUAAAUAGGAUUGUGAAAAGGGAAAAUGAUGAAGAUUUUGAGUCCAAACAUAAGUUUCGGAUUGUUAAUGAUCAUGAAUUUUUGUUGAAGCAUGUGGGAAAAAUGUAUACUAGAAAUGUCUUCAACAAGUUCAAGGAAUCAUGGAGUAAAGUCUUUUACUACAAAGUUGAAAAUGUGAGAAAUGGCAAUGGUUUUCAAUAUUUCGUAGUGAAGUCAAAAGAUGAUGAACUUGAAAAGUUUGAGGUGACAUUGGAUUCGCAAACCUAUGAGGGUAAGUGUGAAUGCCAACAGUUUGAGUUUGUUGGGAUAUUGUGUGUGCAUAUUUUGAAAGUAUUUGUCCGACUAGACAUUGAUGAAAUACCAGAACAUUUUAUUCUUCCACAAUGGAAGCAAAAGGCCAACAAAUUUAGGAUAAUUGAUUCCCAAGGAUUGGUGCAUGACGACGGCAAAGAAGAAUCUGAGGCGUUAAGACUGAGCCAUAUGUGUCAAGAAGCUACGAAAUUGGCUUGUUUGGCCGCCCCAUCAAAUGAGGCAUACACAAUUUUUAUUGAAGGUAUGAAUGAUUUAUUUGAGAAGAUCCAAAAAGUUUCUAAGGUGUCUCCAAUUGAAAUUUGUGUUGGCAAAGAUAACGAGAAAUCUAUCAAGCCGUCGCGGGCUAAGAUAUUGCUUUUGGAUCCGAACAUCUCACAAUGCAAGGGUAGGAAAAAGGAUGUCAAGGGCAAAGCUGCUACUACAUAG